AUGGACGUUCAUAAUGCCUUUCUUCACGGGGAUUUAGAGGAAGAGGUUUAUAUGAAAUUACCUCCUGGCUUUCAUACCGCUGAUCCUAUGAAGGUAUGUCGCCUUCGCAAAUCUCUUUAUGGUCUUCGACAGGCUCCACGUUGUUGGUUUGAGAAACUUGCUUUGGCUUUGCGCACGUUCGGGUUCAAGCAGAGCUAUCCCGAUUACUCUCUCUUCUCCUUCGUCCGCAAUGGCAUCAUUCUGCAUGUACUGGUCUACGUCGACGAUUUCAUUAUUGCUGGUAAUAAUCUCGCCGAGAUUGACCGGUUCAAAACAUACAUGAGCAAGUGCUUUCAUAUGAAAGAUCUCGGCAAGCUUAAGUACUUCUUGGGUAUAGAGGUUUAUCGCGGGCCUGACGGUAUCUUCCUCUCCCAACGUAAGUAUGCUCAAGACAUCAUUCAAGAGGCUGGUCUACGUGGAGCCAAGACAUUUGCUACCCCGGUUGAACCAAAUCAUAAGCUCGCUUCUGCUACAGGUCCGGUUCUUAAGCGACCCGAAGAGUACCGUCGUCUUGUUGGUCGCCUUAUUUAUCUCAGUAUUACUCGUCCGGAACUCAGUUACAUUGUUCACAUUUUAUCUCAGUUCAUGCAGACACCUCUUCUCCCUCAUUGGGAAGCUGCCAUUCGCGUGGUUCGGUAUCUUAAGGGCUGUCCGGCUCAGGGAAUUCUCCUUCGUUCAGAUAGUGUUACUUCUUUAAUCGCCUAUUGUGAUUCUGACUGGAAUGCUUGUCCUCUUACUCGACGGUCCCUCAGCGCUUAUGUGGUUUUUCUCGGCUCUUCUCCGAUAUCUUGGAAGACUAAGAAGCAACAUACUGUUUCUAACUCUUCGGCGGAGGCUGAAUAUCGUGCCAUGGCCUAUACUCUUCGUGAAAUCAAAUGGUUACGUCAACUGCUCGAUACUUUUGGGUUGUACACUUCUCGGCCUAUUCAACUAUACUGUGACAGUCAGGCCGCCAUACACAUUGCGGCUAACCCUGUCUUCCAUGAACGCACGAAACACAUUGAGUCCGACUGCCAUCAAGUUCGGGAUGCUGUUCAAGAUCGCCUCAUUACUACCGAGCAUAUCUCUACCAAAGAUCAGGUUGCUGAUAUUCUUACGAAGGCUUUACCACGUCUUGCCUUCGAUAAGCUUCUGUCCAAGUUCGGCGUUCGUUAUCACCCACCGCCAACUUGA